CGCCCGCCAGUCGUGAUCGUGUCGUCGUCGGGUCAAAGUCGUAGUUGGCGGCGGCGUCGUUUCAGGGCACUUGAUCCUCUCUCACCAGCGGCAGUUCUAAUCGGUUCUUGGAAGAACCUUUUUUGUGUUUUGUUUACAAAAGAAGAAGGAGUGCACCAAGAAGAAGUUGUUGGUAUAGUGCGUAUCUGUGCGUGUGUUAGUCCCACACAUGGAUACCAUAUGGAGAAUGCGAAUUUUUGGGAAGUAAGCAGAACAUCAACUUCCGGUUCUCGUGUGCCCUAUUUUGGUACACAAAUUGUGAUUUUGCGUGUUAUCAAGCAAUAAAUCAAGUAAACACCGGGUUUAAAAUCAAUACUUUCCCACAACCGAGUGGUGCACGUGUGCACCUCUUGAGAAAAAAAAGUAGAAAGUGGUUCACACAAUACUCACAAAGCAAAGCAAUAUCGCGUGAGUAAGCAAUGGCCGGCGUCCUGUUCAUGGUGCACAUCCCUUCGGGGAGGUACGAGAAAAUCCUGCGCCAAAAGGCCAAGGAACAGCUGGCCGCAACGGCCGACGUCAAGCUCGAGGACGAAAAGCCGGCCGGCGAAGGUGGAGUUGGGGAGAAACCAGCUGCGACGCCCGUUGUUAAAAGCGGUGGGGCGGCAGGGACGGGGGCAAGUCUUGGGCUCGGAACCACCGAGGAGACCCAGCCGUUCCUGACGCCACAGCCACGCAAACAUCAGCUCAAGGUAAAGGAGAAGGAGGAACUGCGGCACAGUUUGUUAGAUCUGACCGAUGCCAACCAGAACAAACAGAAACUUCAACCUUCACAACAGCAGGAGAAGAAGCCACCGGACGCGGGUGCCAUUCCUCCGAUUCCGUUCAUCGACUGCCCCACCGACAAUACGGAUAAAGAGGGAUUCAAAACUCCAACUCUUGAGGAUAAAGAAUCCAGCGGCGAUGGCCAAAAAAAUACUACGCUCACGGUUCCCUUCGAUCGGACGUCCGCGUUACGAAAGUCCUGGGAAGGCUUCAAGGACAUCCUGGGAUCGGCCCGCAAGGAGAAGGAAAAAGAUCCCCGCGACGCGGUUGUGGAAAGUAUGAACCUCGAUGCGGAAUCUUCCCUCGAAGAUGUCAUGAAGGUGAUCAUCCGGGAGAAACGGAUCACCACGGCGGCCUGGAUGGACACCAACAAGGGCAAGGGGCACCAGAUCAUGUUCUCGCUGGAAUCGGGCAACAAGUGUGACGAUGUGAUUUAUCUGCUCAGCUCGUGGGGUAUCGGAGAGCGGUUCAACUCGACCAUCUCGAUCACGUCCUGCACACUGUUUACCGAGCGGCAAAGUGAGGAGGAGGAAAAGAGCUCGGACCUCAACGGUGGCACCAAGGACGGCGGCGCCUGGAACACCUUCCUCUCGUCGGUCCGCGCCCGGCUCAACGUGGCGCAAAUUGUCGAGGAGGUCAAGCACGACGCCGCCAUCACGUUCGAUUUCGUGUCGAUGCUGUGCGUCGCCAGUAUUCUUGCCGCGUUCGGUCUGAUCGAGGACAGCACCCUGUUCCUGAUCGCCAGCAUGCUCAUCUCCCCUCUGAUGGGACCAAUUAUCGCCGGCAUCUUCGGCACGGUGAUCAAGGAAAGUAGCCUGCAGUUGAUGGGGUUGAAGAACGAAAUGAUUGGUAUCUCGUUAACCACUUCAGUUGGGUUUAUCUUCGGGCUGAUCGUGUGCAGCUUGGACGAGCGAUACGGCGUGGGUGAGGGAAUUACCAACGAAAUGUUGAGCCGAUGCGAGGUGCACUCGCUGCUGGUGGGCAUAGCCAUUGCGUUGCCGUCGGGUGCGGCGGUGGCCAUUGCGAUUCUGGGCGAGAACAUUGGCUCGCUGGUAGGGGUGGCCAUUUCGGCGUCGCUGCUACCACCGGCCGUUAAUGCUGGAGUUCUUUGGGCAUUGUCGCUGCUUUGUUUGCUGUUUGGCUCGCAGGACACGCGGUAUAGUGCCGUCGUUAAGACGCACAUCUACUCGGACAACCAAACCGUGGAGUUGUUUACGCUUGGCUGCAUGAGCAUGUGCCUCACGCUGCUCAACGUCGUCUGCAUCUACUUGAUGGGGGUCAUCUUCCUUAAGAUCAAGGAGGUAGCACCGAUCGUCAACAAGGACCAGAAGCAAUUCUGGCGGCACGACAUCAAGAUCGCCCGCGACUACAACAAAACGCUUCACACCAUGGACGGAAUGUCCAUGAGCAAGCAACUGAUCCAUGAGCUGACCGCGAUGCACCAGGGCCAGGACGCGGACGGGCGCCAGUACGGGUCGGACCGGUGGCUCAACACCAUCCAACGGAACCAGCACACGUGGUCACCGCGGCACAACUAUCACCAGCGUGACCACCGACCCACCGUCCAGGAGCUGGAAGCGCUGUACCUAAGCCUGGCGGUGAACCCCAGCGAGAACCAGUUCCACUACUCGCAACACCACGCGCCUCACUCAAUCAUGAAACUUCCUCCUUCCUAUCUUCGCUCAGGCAAACCAUGGUCACCACCCAAAUACACAUCGAUGACUGACGACUCGCAACCGUCCUCGCCAACGCACCGCAAGCGGCUCGGAUCGAACCCGAUGGACAUCGCGUUCCGGCGUCACCACCGCUUCUCCGAUUCACUCCGCAGCACGUCGGCACCGCUGUCCAAGAUCCUCGAGAACGUGACCAGCUCCGCCAGUGGCCUCGAACAGGCCGGAACGUCCGCCCCGAGUGGAUCGGAUGCCGGAGGUGGCAGCAAGCAUUUCAAGUACAGCUUGAAAAAGUCCAACAAAUUUACCGUCACCCCCGCGUAUGAUCCCAUGAAGAAGUGAUCCCGGCGUUGGGGACUCUCUCGAAUAAAAGUGAAAAUAUUUCCCGCCCCGAGGGCAGUGUUUGUGUGUGCUUUGUGAAGUAUUUUACGUGUAUAUCUUUUAUGUUAUGUUUUUCGUCAAUUCCAUUUGAUGAGUUGUGAUUUCCUAUUAGAACAGCAAACAAAUAAUCCCGAUAGCAAAAUUUGUACAUUUACUGUAAGAAAAUCGUGUUUGCACAAAAUAAAGCUGUUAUCUAUGUUACCAAACAA